UUGUCUUGAUAGAUUUUUCGCUGAGCUAAAGGUCGUUCACGAACAAUUUUAUUCGUCAAAAAAUAAAAUUGCUUUUACAUUGCAAUAAAGUGCUGUGAAAAUCAUUUUCCUUGGAAAAAACAGUGUUAGGAAAAUAAUAAUACUUAAUAUCAAUCAAAAUUUCAAUUUUAAAAAAGCCGAGUUGCUCUCCUAGAAAUACAUAACAUCAUUUUCAAUUAGACACAUUCAUUUCAGUACAAAUUCAUAUUUACGUCAGAAAAUAUUUCAGGAAGCUUUGAAGAUAAGGUUGAAAAACCUUAAAGAAAAAUCCAUCGGUACGAAUAGCUCUUGAUUUUUAUUUCAACUGAAAGACUAAACUAAUAAUACGUGUGAUAGAAUAUCAUAAACAAAUAUGCUUAUAAACAACCCAGAAGCGCUUAAAAAUUGGCUUGUGAUAAUACUGGAGCCGCUUUGUGAUGCUGAUUCAUCUGCACUAGCCCGGUAUGUUUUGGCUCUUCUUAAAAAAGAAAAGCCUAUAAAUGACUUGAAAAACGUUAUGGUCGAGCAGUUAGACGUUUUUUUAGCCGAAGAAACAAAACCCUUUGUAGAGCGUCUGUUCAAUGCAAUUACAUCAGAAGAAUAUAUACCCGUUAUGCCCUUGCCAGCCACUGAACAUGCGGCUGAGAGUAUUCCUGCCGCAGCCAUAAUUGGUACUGACAGAGAACUUACACCACCAUUAGAUGAUGUGAGUAAUGAUAGUCUUCCUGAUGACACGAUACUCAUACCCACCACACUCUUAUUGCAGACUAAAACCAAAGAAUUAUUUAAUAAAAUCGAAGAAAGCAACAGUACUCCAUCAACGGGUGAAGCUGUCACAGAAAACUUGGCUACUGAAUGCACGGCAACAGAAAUAACAUCUCCAUCUUCGUCGUCGGUACCAAUUGCACCUCCACCUCCACUAAUGGGUCCUACCAAAAGUGUAAGUCCAUUCAAAGCAACUUCAGAUAAGGAAAACCAACCUCGUGAAGCCCGGCGUCGAAGAGCCUCCCUCAGAUCCAGAUCUCGUUCACGAUCAAGGUCUAAUGAACGCAUAUCGCGCAGGUCAAGGUCGCGAGAUCGUCGACAAAAUGAACGAGAGAAGAAUACUCGCCAAUUUAGAAAUAAGUCUCCACCUUUGCAUGGUGACAGAAGGGAUAGGAGAGCUCCUGAUCGCAGACGUGGAACUCAUAUGAAUGAUGAGAGAUCUCCCAGAGUAGGUUUCGCCACAAAAAAUCGGACAAAAAGUCAUUCAGCAUCCCGUAGUAGAUCACCUUCAAUAGAAAGACGCAAGGGAGGAGGAUCACCGCCGGGUGGCGUUAACAACAGGUCACCAGUUUACUGUAAUGAAAAUUUAAAGAGACAACGUUGUCGUGACUUCGAUGAAAAGGGUUACUGUGUUCGUGGAGAAACAUGUCCAUGGGAUCAUGGAAUAAAUCCAGUAGUUUUUGAGGGAAUAAAUAAUUCUGCAUUGAUCAGUAUGUCUUUAAGAGAAUAUAACCCAGACGCACCGGAUCUUUGGUCCCGUGGAUCAUCUUCGGCAGCGCCCUCUGGGGGAAACACUGCAAAUACCAGUAGCGGAACAGUUGGAAAUCCAUUCAGUUCUGGCCCACGUAAUAGUUUCUCACACAAAGGUGGCACUGGAGCUUUAUCUGGUGCAUACCCUCGUGGCACCGGUGGAGCUGGUUUUCGUCCUUCAGUGCCGAUUUUUCCCUUUCCUCUUAAUUCGGCAGCUACCCCUCUUCAAAGAGAGUUGAUCCCAGUGCCAGUAGUUGAUGCAAAUGGCUCCGGCGGAGACAUUUCAGCAACACAGUCAAAGCGUCGUUUUGAGCUAGAAGACAGCGUUGCCAUAGCAGAGGGUCCAACCAAGCGUAAACUACCGCUUUCAAGUCGUCUUGGCCCACGUAUUACGAAUAUUCAAAAUAAUUGCUCUUUAGAAUUGCGCAAGGUACCACGAGGAAUGAAUACUAUUGCCCAUCUGAAUAAUCAUUUCGCAAAAUUCGGAAAAAUAGUCAAUAUUCAAAUUUCCUAUGAUGACGAUCCAGAGGCUGCCAUUAUUACAUUCUCAACUCAUGCUGAGGCAAAUGUUGCCUAUCGUAGUACAGAAGCCGUCUUAAAUAACCGAUUCAUCAAGGUGUUUUGGCAUAGUCAGCAGGAAAGUAUGGCUGGAAGUGCAGGCAAUACACAGAUGACCACCCUCAUGAAAGAUGAUGGUGGUGCAGCUGCCCCGGUCAAUGGUAGUGUACGCAAAAACUCUCAAUAUCACCUAAGUAACAUUUCGGCUGUUCCCACUCCGUCUGCGGACGCAGCCAAAACACCAUUAUCUAUGCCAACCACCCCAGCCACGCCAACACCAGCCACGACAACGGCUUCUAAUUCGCCGACAAUCGUCGCAGCGGCCCAUGUUCCACCACCAUCGCUGCGAGUAAAAAAUAAUACUCAACGUGUUACGCAAGCAACUACGGCUAUUAUCCGCAAAAAACAGGAAGAACAAGCUAAAGCAGUUGUUCAAUUAGCUAAUGGUUUACGAAAACGCAAACACGAGCUUCUCCAAGGUUACGUAAAGCAAAUGAAAUCGGCUGUUGAACUCGUUGAACGCUGUGAACCUACAGAUCCACAACGUAUUAAGACUGUAGAAACCAUAAAAAUUCUUCAAGCUACUAUCGACAAGCUAAGGAAGGAAAUAGCUACGGAACAAGAGCAAAUGGCUGCACAGAUCCAAAACCAACAGCCUCCCUUGAAAAAAACUAAGGAACAACAGAAAAAGGAACUUCUCGAUAUAGAACUUGAGCUUUUUGCACAGCAACAAGAGGGAAACGACACAACAGCCAUACAAAAACGUUUAGAAGAUCUUCAACGUAGCUUAGGAGUUGGAUCUAGUACUAAGCCACACUUUCCAUUAAGCGGAACAAGGACUAAUAAGCAUGUUCGUCCACAAUUACCAGCGGCCGGGUCAACUAGUGUUGACAGAAGACCGAAAUCAAUUGUCGUUACCGGCUUUUCGAGCGAAGACUGUGAUUUAGUAUUGGCUCAUUUCAAGAGUUUCGGUGAGGUCAUGAAACACGAUAUAGACAAGUCUAUUCCACAGCUUAUAGCUACCUAUGCUACUCGCUCCAAUGCUGAACAAGCAGUCCUUCGCGGAAAGGUCUUUAAAGACAAGCGUUUACAAAUUGCCUGGGCACCCAUAGUUCAAACUUCUACAUCACAAAUACUUAGCAAGUCUUUCUCGGAGAACAACAACGCGGACAACAAGUCAACCGAUAAAACCAACACAGGCAACACUAACGUUACCAGCGACAUGGACACUACUGACACUCUGCCAGAACUUCGCCUUGAAGAUGAAGAAGAGGAAGAUGAGUCUGAGGAUCGUUCUUGGCGUCGUUGAUAGCGCUACAUCUAUAUAUAUGUAGGCUCUAAAAUCACCUUUACAUAUGUAGUUGCAACACCGAUCAGUCGUUUAACUUCUUCAUGACUGAUACAAAACAUGUUUUAUAAUUAAAAUGAUUACAAACCAACCUAUUAUAAUAUAAUUGCGAAACGCUUUUUAAAAUAUAUAUGUAAACAAAAAUACAAAUGUAGUUAAACAAAAAAAAAUAAGCGUGCUCAGCAAAACACCUAGACUAUGAGAUAUAUAAAUUAUAUAAGAAUAUUAUAUAUAAUGAUGUAAAUGUAAAUUUAAACAUUUUUUUUAGAAAAUAAUACUUAGUGAAAAUAAAUUAAAGUAGUCUGUAUGUUAGUGAAUAACAUAGAGUCUAAAGAAUAAUACAGUUCUUUUAAGAACAAGUAAAACAAAAGCGUAAGAAUAUUAGUAUUGCCGUAUGAAUUUCUAAUGAAGGCUCAUUUAUGUAUAAAAAUAAACUUUUUCUUUUUAACAAAAAUAUAUUUUCGCAUCCAUUAAAUCGAGUCGACAUUUAAAAUAUUUGUUUGCAAGAUAAAAACAAAAAUUGUUAUUAAUUUUAUUUAAUUUUAUUAAUGAAACAUAAAAUAUUAUAUUCUAAAGAGAAAAGAAAUGAACAUGAACUAAAAAAAAAACAAAAA